UUGACGUUUCGACUCCGAAAAAACAUACUAUUAUUAUACGGAAACUAGAUUGAAUUCUAUAUAUUCCUCCACUGUUUACAUUAUUUUAAGAUCAAAUGGUGGAAUAGCUAAAUUUGAGAAGAUUAAUAGAUAUUUUUUAAUACAAUGGACGGGUCCAACACUGGCACAAGCUCGCCAGGAUUGAUGGCAGCGGCGCCGCUGUUGCCGCCGCCGAUGCUGGGCGGACUAGCGCCCCCAAUGCCGCCGCAAGUGGCGAUGCCCCCGGUACCUGGAAUUACUCCAGCAAUGGCUGCAAUGCCUCCUCCUAUGGGUUUUCCACCUAUGAUACCUCCGUUCUCGAUGCCUCCGCCAGGAUUUCCACCAUUUAAACCCGACCUAACUGCGCCAGCCCCAGAAAUUGCUCCCAUUUCCAACCACACCAGUCCCUGGUCAGAACACAAGGCCCCUGAUGGCCGGACAUAUUACUACAACUCAGUGUCAAAGCAGAGUCUAUGGGAGAAACCGGAUGAUUUGAAGACUCCUGCUGAGAAACUGCUUUCUGCCUGUGUGUGGAAAGAGUAUACAACGGAUGCUGGCCGGCUGUACUAUCACAACAUUGAGACUAAGGAGUCCAGUUGGGUUGUUCCUGCCGAGCUGCAGGAGAUCAAGGAUAAGAUUGCUGCAGAGGAAGCUGCACAAGCAGCUAUGAACGGGGACCUGCCUCCUGGAGAGGUGCCCCUGCCAGGGUCUCCAGCAGUGCCCAGCUCCGGCAGCUCGGCACUUGAUGAAGCCAUGGCCAAGACCCUUGCGGCUAUAGACCCUUCUCUAGUUGGCUCUAUACCUAUACCUGAUGACAUUGAACCUGAAGAUGUAGCUUCACCUGCCCAGGCCCCAGGAGAGACAGCUGAAGCCGUACCAGAACCACAGUACAAGGACAAGAAAGAAGCUAUUGAGGCUUUCAAAGAACUUCUCAAAGAUAAAAAUAUUUCAUCAAAUGCUACCUGGGAGCAAUGUGUGAAAAUCAUAUCUAAGGAUCCUCGAUAUGCCACCUUUAAAAAACUCAAUGAGAAAAAACAAGCUUUUAAUGCAUACAAAACACAGAAAAUCAAAGAUGAGAGAGAAGAAUUAAGGUUAAAAACAAAGAAAAAUCGGGAAAACCUUGAAGAAUUCUUGCUGAGUUGUGACCGUGUGACAUCCAUGACAAAGUAUUACAAGUGUGACGACAUGUUUAGCAAUUUAGAGAUAUGGCGAUGUGUGCCAGAGUCAGACCGUAGAGACAUUUUUGAAGACUGCAUAUUUACGAUAGCGAAACGUGAAAAAGAGGAGGCUAAGGCAUUGAAGAAACGGAACAUGAAAAUGUUGGCACAGGUAUUAGAGAAUAUGAAUGAAAUCACAUACAGCAGCACAUGGAGCGAGGCGCAGGUGUUGUUGUUGGAAAACUCUGCCUUCAAGAAUGACGUCAGUCUGCUCGGCAUGGACAAGGAGGAUGCGCUCAUAGUUUUUGAACAACACAUAAAGAAUAUGGAAGCUGAAUAUUUACAAGAAAAAGAACAGCUCAAAAAGAGAAACAAACGGCAACAGAGAAAAAACAGAGACAACUUUUUGGCCUUGCUGGACAGUCUGCAUGAGGAAGGCAAGCUUACAUCAAUGUCGCUGUGGGUGGAGCUGUACCCUGUCAUCUCCGCUGACAUGCGCUUCUCUGCUAUGCUAGGUCAAACAGGUUCAACCCCACUAGACUUAUUCAAAUUCUACGUGGAGAACCUAAAGGCGCGCUUCCACGACGAAAAGAAGGUCAUCAAGGAGAUCCUCAAAGAAAAGCAGUUCGAAGUGAAACCGGACACCAGCUUCGAGGAGUUCGCUACCGUCGUGUGCGAGGACAGCAAGUCGGCCGCCUUGGACGCCGGCAAUGUCAAGCUCACGUACAACUCGCUGCUAGAGAAGGCUGAAGCAAGAAACAAAGAAAAAAUGAAAGAGGAAUCAAAGGCUCAAAAGAAGAUAGAAAGCGCGUUCAAAUGGGCACUAAGCGAAGCCAACGUGGACCACCAGGUGCCUUGGAGCGAAGUCAAGGAGAAACUCGACCUGGAGGCGCCGGAGUUCGCGGCUGUGCCUGAUGAGGACGACCGCCUUAGGAUAUACAAGGACUUCCAAAACGAGCAAGAGGAGAGCUGCAUGCACUACCACCACCCGAAGCCGCGGAAGGCCAAGCGCUCCAAGAAAAAGAAGCGGUCUCACUCACAAUCUCUGUCGCCGUCCAAAUCGAGGUCAGGCACGCCGGCCCCGCAGCGCUCCGCGUCCCCGGGCGCCGCAAGUGCCGCCUCCUGGAGCUCAGAGGAGCGCAAACACAAGAAGUCCAAGAAGAAGCACAAGAAACCACGCGACGAACCUGCACCCGUACAGCGUUCAGCGUCACCGGAGGAGGGCGGUAUCUCGGACACGUCGCCGCCGCCACAAAAGAAAAAGAAGAGCAAGCGCAGCGCGCCCGCCUCCCCCGCCGCCGCCGCCGACCCCGACCACGCCUACAAGCCCAAGAAGAAGAAAGAGAAACGCGACAAGAAGGACAAGGAAAGGGCGUCAUCGACGUCAGCAUCGGCCACGACGACGGCGUGGAGCGACGCGGAGCUGGAGUCGCGGCGCGCGGCGCUGCUGGCGCAGCUGCACGAGCACGAGGACUGACGCAGCGUCACGCACGUGCGCAUCUACAACGCCUACCCCACCCACCCGCCCGGGCCGCUCCACCACCCGCACCCGCGAGGAGACUCCACGGGUGACGAAACCAACUAAAUGUUCACAACACCUGGCCACAACUUGCGAUCUCAUAUGGGCGUCCAUAUACCUCAGCCAUACACUUGACGAGCGGCGAGGGAAGUAGGCAGAGGCACAGUGUGGCCGCACUACUCGUCAUGCCCACCGCUCCCUAUUUUGUCUGUAUUUGGCGCGAGUCAAAGGGCCGGCAAGAACCUAGUGCGAUAAUCGCGCGAGUAGGGCAGUGUGUGUGGCAGAGGUAAUACAUAUAGCGCGACUUCAAGUAUGAACUCGCAUGCGAGUGUUUAAGUCGUGCUAUACCACUUGGGCCGGAUUCCUGGCACUGGUCCCAACAAAAACGAGUGAACUAUGAGCUA